AGGUCUUCUCUGCGUGGGCGGGGAAGAGCGGCCGUAGUUGUAACCAGCGGCUCCCGUUACGUAAAGUAGUGAAGUGUCAGCGCUUUUCCCGCCACAGCUUUCAGUGCCCCUUCGGUUUGCAGUCGGGCUCACAGGCCCAGGAAGGGAAAGACAUGCCCAGAAGGGAUUUCCUGAUGUAGCAGUGAUUCUUUCUUCAGGACUCACAUAUACUGCAGGCCUCUUGAGAAUGCCUGACGCCAUCACCACUAAAGAGAUGUUUGCUGAAUGAAUGAACUGCUUAUAGUUUGAUGCUUCCACAAGUUGUCCCAUAACCUGUGUCUGCUGGUGCUUUUCCUUUGCCUAGAAUACCUUUCCCUUCCUCACCUGGCUCAUUCCUAAAGACUCAUCCGUCACAGGAAAUGAAGCCAGAAUCCACAGAUGUCAUUAUCCAUCUGCACACUUUUGUUUACUACCCAGAAGGCAAGAAUAUUGCAUCUUAAAAGUGUCUGGACUUUUGUUCUUUCUUAUCACAAAUGACUUGAGAAGAUCUGACCAUUCACAGUUACCCAGAGUGGAAGUGCCAACGACAUGCUUCCUGGAGCGCUUUGAGAUUCAGGUAUCUCAUAGAAGUGGAACCACAAUAUUUGUCCUUUUGUGACCGGCUUAUCUCACCGAGCAUAAAGUCUUCAGAACUCAUCCAUGUUGCAGCAGGUGUCAGAGCUUCCUUCCUUCUUAAGGAUCAAAUUGCGGCUGUCACAUCACACGUGUUCAUUGGAAUGGACUCUAUCUGUGCCCCGCCCCUGUCUGGAGACCAUUCAGUGUGCUCUGGCCAACUUGUGGCUGCCAGAAGCUGCGUCCCUGUGCCUAAGGGCUUUUCUCCAGAUUAGCUGUGAUUAUUAGCCUUUCACUGAAUUGCCCAUUUUUAGUCCUGUGCUCCUUCACCUCCAUGUCUCAUGUCUCACCUAUGAAGGCUCUCGGGUUCAUUUUAUCUGGAGGAUAAGCCUCUGCUCGCCUGCUGGUGAUGUCAGAGUGGAGACGGGAGGAAUAGUUGCUUGGCUACAUAGGGUGGGAAAGGAGUGAGGGUUUAACCCUUCUGUCUACAACUUUUCAACCAAUCCUCUGUUUUCAGCCCCUGACUUGCCCUGCCCCCACUUUCCACACUAUUUGUGUCUCCCAGUUCUGUGUGUGUCACCUGGCUAACUUCCUAGUGGCACCUGAGAUGUAGCAGCUGCUCUUUGCUGCAUCCGCUACUGUCUCUCCACCUGCUUGGUAUAUUCCAAAACAAUCUGCUGCAUCUUUCUUUCCUUAUUGUCUCCUCUUCAGUGCUCUUCGCUCUUGUGGGUCUACACCUUUGAAAAAUUCCUUUAUUGGAGGGAUUCCAGAAGGAGAGGAAAUAGAAGCAUGUGGUAAAUUGGCCAUGUUGACCCAGAAAUUUGUCUGUAGCAUAUUUUUAGUAGAAAAAUACCUGUCAUUUAUUCAAGAGUAUUAAGCACCUGCCGUGUACCAGGAUGUGGGGGUGAGAGCAACACCAAAGGUAAUUCCUGGGUUUAUGAAGCUAGUAGAACACAUGACAUAUUACAAACUGUGAUGGGAGCUUUGAAGGAAGGUUCAGGUUUCUACACUUACCUGGGUGAACCGACUUGGUCUAGAGGAUGUGAUGUUUAAGAUCUGAAGGAUGAAUAGGAGUCAAGGAGAUAAAGGGGUAAAGGUGGGCAUGGGGCAGAGCAGUGUACUAAGGUCAGUGGGAGCAGAUGGAGGUCUGUGGAGGGAAUGCAGAAAGGGAGGGGAAGAUGGUGCGAGAUGCAGCCAGAGGCAAGGGCAGGGGCCAGAGCGGCCAGGGGUCCCUGGAUCCAGGAAAGGCUGUCUUUGUGCUCAGCGUAGUGGAGACCUCUGAAGGGGCUUUAAGAGUUGACAUGGUUUGAUUUACAUUUUCAAAGCCCACGGGGUGCAGGAUGGCUUGGUGAGGAGGGCGGUGUGGAUGUGGGGAUUCCUGGAGGGAGGCAGCCACCCAGUUGAGAAGUCGUGUCACUUAAACCAGGGUGUUGGAAGCAGAGUUCAAGAGAGGUGGAUGGAUUAGAGAGAUAUGCCGAGACUCGGGGAUGGCUUGGAUUUGGGGAGUGGAGGAAAGGACGGUACGAGGAUGACACCCAAACCUUUGGUGUGUGGAACUGGACGAAUGGUGGUGCCACUCACAGAGGCCAGAAGCUCUGCAAUAUAACUAGAUGUUAGAUCAGAAACAACUGAAUUGUCCAGCAAUAGAACAAGCAAAUGGAUUGUCACAGAGGCAGAGUUGGAGCAGCUAUGGCUUCAACCAACGGGAAGCCAGAAAGUUGAGCAGACUAAGGAGAAAGAACGCGGGUGGUGAUUAUAGAAGAUAGGGUCAGGGUCAAGGUCAAAGAACUGGUGAUCAAUGAAAGAGCCUCUCAACCAAUCCCAAUCCCAGUUUUUAGAGGACAGGAUUAGAGAAGGGGGCUCAGAAGGAAAAUUCAAGGAUGUUGGAUUCCACAUGUAAGUCUCUCCUUUUAAAAUGUGAUGUCUCCAUUUCCGAGGGAAGUUGGUCAUCCCAGAUGGCCACAAGGAAGAGAUGGCUUGGCCUCCAACACUGAAUUAUUCAGCCCUCCCAGGCUCUCAGCUCCAGCUCCAACUUCAUCCCCAUCCUGUACCACCCUCUGUCCGCCAGGGUUCAGCGGGAAACAGAGCUCGCUCCAGACGGUUUAGUGAAAAUGCGUUAAUGAAGGCAUCACUCAUGAACCCACGUGGGACUACAAGCCUUCAUCCCUACCACCAGGGGACCAAAGGCAUAAAGGAGGGAGUGGUGUUCUGGAGCUCAGUGAAGACUGGAACCAGGGCAGAGGUGGAAGGAAAAUAGAGGUUACCAGGGAAAUUAUGCCAGAACAGGAAGGAAGUAGGGAAGAGAUAUCCCAGGUUUUCCCACCUUUCUCUUCUCCCGCGUCCUAUCACUCAAACCUGCCAGAAAGCCAGAAGGCAAAGGAGCCCAGGUGAUGCUGUUGGCAGGGUCAGCCCUCUGGACAAGUCAGACAAGGAUGGAGAAUGGACCAGGGAAGGGGGCAGGUGGAGAACCCCUACCCACAUCCCAUCCUGACCUGCCAGCAAAGCUGCCCGUGCUCUGCAGUGGCCACAGUCCACACAGCUGCUGCUGGGAGAUGCCUCCCUCUGAGGGUAACCUCAACUUGGGACCUGCCCAGACCUCAAUGUGCGCCCCAGAUCUGGCGGGGAGGCUCGCAUAUACCCACACUCAGAAUGAGCACGGAAACUUCUCCCAAGGCCAAAUGGAAAUGGCUUUUGGAUCACCCACCAUUUGGCUGGAUUAUCUGCACCAUUGCCUCCGUCCAUUACUGAGGAGAGCCAGGAGGGUCUGGACUGUCCUUGGAGUUCCAGGAUGACCUUGUGGAGAGCUGAUUACAGUCUGUGUGCGGAAAAAGAAGAUGUCUGACUGUCAUUUUUUCCCUCUCUCUGGUUCAGCGAAGCUUGAUCUUUGGCCUGUGGCUAGAUCCCAUAUUGAAGAGCCUGUCACUGCUGGUGAUUUUGCUUGGAAGACCUCAAUUCAGACUGAAGCAAGCCUUUCCAUUAGCAAAGCUGUACAGAAUCCAUAUUUGCCUUUGAGACUUACAGGCUCCCCGUGUGGUGCUUGGGGGGCCCCUUCUGCACAGCACUGCUCCUCGCCCUCAACCCACUCACAUGCCACCUGGCUGCACCCCACUACCUCCAAGUCAUAAUAAGAACAGAUGCCAACACAGCUGCAGGGGGUCUCAUGUCUGAACCAGGAAGAGAAUGAGAGGCAGAAUCCAAGGUCAGGGCCUGGGAGAAUCCUGGAGAAGCCAUCUUUGAGAAUUAGGAUGUCUUCUUGGUGGGCUUUUCUGGUUGGCCCGGAGAGCAUCUACCUCUGCCACAGCCUCCUUUACAUCCCAAAGCCCCGACUCUAUGGAGCGGCCUCCAGAGCCUCAGAACGGGUCCUUAGCUCUGGUCCUGCCCAUCUCUGAUUUCCUAGGCCCCCUCCUCGUUCUGCCCUCACCACCACUGAGUUCCCAUGGGCCUCUUGACAAAAUUCAUGCACUUUGGGGGACCAGUAACAUAUAGUCAAAAGAGCUAACAUUUAUUUCCACCUAACUAUGUGUCAGGCACUUUUUUGUGUGCAUUUGACCUGCAUCAACAGCUUCAAUCCUUACAGUAACCCAAAGCGUGGUGGUGUCUGAACACUGGAAACCAAAUUUCAACCGAGGAUCAAAAGCAACGGUGAUGUCUUUGCAUGAGAUGCAGCUGAACUUCGAUGCUCCCGCAAUCUGAUUCACAGUUUAUAAUCACAGUUAUCACAGAACCAUUAAAAGCCUAUUAACUUGAAUUCCCACAAUUCCUUGAGGGCAAGGGCAAAGAGAGAGCAACGUAACUUUGAAUGUAAAUGUAACACAAGGUUCGAACAGAGAGAAUCUCUUUUAACUGUGCCAGCGGAAGAUGUAUGGAUGCAUCUACCCUAGCAGAUGGCUGAUGUAAGAAUACAACGUGAAGUCUUAGGAGGCUCGGGAUGUUAUGAAAACGAUUUCUCUGUGAAGCGACUGGUAAAGUGUCUGUCCGCCCCAGACCUCUUUCUGGGAGGAGGAAGAGGAGGUGACUUGUUAAAAUGUGUUAACUGCACGCUGGGUUGGCUGGACAAACACUAUGCGGUGUCUGAUCGAAUCAGCCUGAAAAGAAUCCUCGGCCCCAUUCAGCGGGAGCAGAAGCCCAACUGCUGUCCAAGCCCUCGUCAUGUGAGAAAUCUGAUUUCAUGUUUUUCCACCCUUCAGUGCCUGUGCUGACAUUUCCCCUAACAAUGCUAUUAUGUGCUGUACAGCCAGACAGUGCAGUCAGUAAGCUGUCCUGAGACUUCGGAUAAAACGGAGAGCUCUUAUCUCACUGCAAAACAAUUAGAGACCUCGUGCAGCCGUGAGCUGUGUGCAUGCCAACAUACCAAUGCUGGUCUGUUCCCAAAUUUCUGAGCCCUCCCUGGAGACAUACACGCCUGCACAUUAGGAUGCUCGCUCUAAAUGGCCCACAUGCGUGUGCCCCUGGCGAGCUGGACGUGGUCCUUGUCUCACCUUUGUGAAGGAGUAUUGGAAUCACCUGAGGAAGGAAAGCGCGUUCUCUCUGCCGUCUCCAGCGCUGGUUCUGAAAUAACUAAUUCCAAUCAAUCCAUCCUCACCUCAUAUGAGUUCUUCCUGCAGGAACUGCCCACAUUCACUGUCCAGUUUGAUCCUGUUCCCACGAUGGAGAAAGCAAAUGGCUUGGUCCCGAGGGAGCAGGUUAUUGACUAGGUACUUAAUUAGGCACACAGCCCCGAUGGGGUCAUUCUGCCACUGUCAAAACGACUGGACCAUGGCAUGGCGGAACCAUGAAUUCGGUUUACUAUCAUUUGCCACCGUUGAAUCAAUGGGGUAGGAAUCUAAAUGAAACGUUAAGACAACCACACUGCAGCCUGUUUAUAUAACUGUGCAAAGAAACAGCAUGUGUCUCAGGGUCCUCUGGGGGAAAACCUCUACUUCCCUACUUCCGUAUCAGGCACACUGAGGUCGGUGUUAUGCCUUCUAGAACGGUUUUAAGCGCCGAAGGGAAAACCUCCUAGGAAAACAGGAUAAACUCUUUUAGCCUCCUACUUGAGUUUCCAAAUCUUUAAAAGUCUAAAAGGACAGUGAUCCUUGCCCAAGAAUUAGGCUGCAAUUCUUCUCUGUAGGUACAAGGUCAAAUGGGCCCAGGGGUGCCCUGAAUCCUCUGUCUUUUCACAGAAAGACCGAGAAAGCCUCAAGCACUGACCAGGGCCUUGAGAUUCUCCAGGGUGGUGCUUCUCAAACUUUAUGUGCACACAGAUCACCCGGGCGUCUUGUUAAAAUGCAGAUUCAGAUUCAGUCGGUCUGGGCAUGGACCUGAGACUCUGCAUUCCUAAUAAACUCCCAAGUGGUGCUUGGGUUGCUGGUCCAAGGACCACACCUGGAGCAGUGAGGCCUUGGUGGUGGGAAGGUUCCUUACCUCACAGCCAACUUAGAAGGAAGUAGGGAAGAAAAGACCUUGCGAAGGCAACAUCGCAAGCCUUGACGCUGUGUCCAUUUCCUAUCUGCCUUUGCAAGGACCCCCGGUGACAGAAAUACCCUGGAAUGUGAAGAAAGAGCAAAGCAAGAAAGGACAAAUUGGUGGUCAUCCACACAAUUCACUGAAUUGAUGAACCUCGGAUCCCAGUCGAGCUGGAGAAAUCGGGGUGUAACGUCAGGACUCAGCCCACGUCUGUCAUUUAUGACUUUGUCUUAUUAUCUUUGUAACAAGGCUCUUUUAUUAGCUCACAGUUUGCUGCCAAGGUGAUGAAAUCGCCGUUAUGUUUUAUGGUACACGGUAAGAGGAGAGAGGGGAUCUUAAAAGACCUACAGAUCUCUUCUUCGUUGAGGGACCUCACCUCCUCUCUCUCCUCCCUGCAUGGGAUGGAGAUGAACUUACCAUCACGUUCCAAGACACUGUUCAUUUCCUCUUCAGCUGAAAAAUAUAUAUGGCUGUUUUGCUUUAUGAUUGUGGAGGCCGGCAUUUUCCAUUCCAGUGCUCUCUGUUCUGAAGCACACUUGUAAUUACUGCUGUCUUUUAUUCUGUGUCUUCGGAGGACUGUCCCGUUCAAACUGCGAGAGGACAAAAGCUGCUGUCUUUCCAGGGUGGAAACAAUAGCAUCGAGUCUUCACGUAAACCUCAACAAACACGGAAACACAGAAGUGAAAAUGGGAAUAACAAACGCAUCCAGUGGAGAAAUGGAAAUCAAACUAAAUAUUUCCACCUGUCUUUUUCAGAAUUUGGAGAAAGAAUAAACUCAGCACGCCUGCUGCAUCCUAAGGUUCCCUCACAUUGGACAAAUGCAAAAGACACCAGAAUCCAUCACACGUACCAUGUUAAAAGAGUCCAAUAGUCCACGUUUAUCUCGGAGAGUGGAGGAGAAGCUACCACUGAUCUACAAAGUGCGGGAGAAGCAAGCAGUGAAUAACAACUUCCCCUUCUCUGUACACGACAAUCGUCACAGCUGUCAGAACUCUGGAUUCUACCUCGACUCUGGCCUGGGACGUAAGAAGGUCUCCUCAGAAAAAAGGCAACACAUUUCAAGAAAUUUCAAUCUUUGGGCCUGUGACUAUGUUCCAUCUUGUCUCGAUGGCUUUUCAAAUAACCAAAUAUCAUACGUCUAUCAGGAAGCUGUGGUGGUCCCAAUUUUCAGACGCUUUCCAAGACAUUAUGAUGAGUUAUGGAACACUUUUAAAUUUAUUCCCCAGCAAAGCUAUACAGAGUAUUUGAAAAAGAAUCCAAAAGUAAGGUUCAUGAUUAACAAAAAGGCCGGUUCUCCACUGGAGCCCUAACCCUUCCAGAAGAUUCCUGAUGAGUUUUGCAAUAUUGUUAUUUCAUCACACAUUCUAAAAGUAUGUAUUUUCUGAUCCAGCACUGAGGUUUGACAUAAGAUUUGUUUAGGAUUAGAGAAUAUAGACUGUAUGUGCCUCAAUGCUUAGGUGAAGUUUUCUUGCAGUGAUAACAUAAAGAAACAUAAAGUCCUUAUAUAGAGAAACCAGAAAGGCAACAGGUAAUGUUGCCACUCCCCCACCUUUAAAGUAUUUUUAUGGUUUUAAUAAGGUUGAAAAAUAUUCAGGUCCUUAUAAAAUAAAGAUACGUGAUGACAUACACAUUUUAAAUGAAUGUGUUUUAAACAAAAAUGUGCUUAAAUUUUGAAAUUGCCACAUUAACUUUUGGGAGAGGUUUUAAAUUACAUAAUUAAUAUAGGCUUACAUUUUUAUCUUGAAAUUUCAAACAAACAGAGAAAGCAGGAGUCCCCUUUGAUUUCACCACAUCUCUAAUCCUUGUCCUGUCCCCAGAAGUAAGCUAACCAUUUUUUUAAAAUUUAUUUAUUUUAUUUAUUUAUUUUGGCUGUGUUGGGUCUUUGUUGCUGCAUGCAGACUUUCUCCUAGUUGUGGCGAG